AUGCUUAUUCCUAAAAAUAGCAGAAAGAAGAUAUAUGAGAUUUUGUUUAGAGAUGGAACUCUUGUUGCUAAAAAGGAUUUCAAUGCUUCUUCUUCAAUAGAGCUUCCUGAUAUUCCUAAUCUUCAUGUUAUUAAGGCAUGUCAAUCACUCACAUCAAAAGGAUUCCUAAAAACUCGAUUUUCAUGGCAAUAUUAUUAUUAUACUCUCACAAAUGAAGGGAUUGAUUAUUUAAAAGAAUGGUUGCAUCUCCCAAAUGAGAUCGUACCUAAUACACAUAAAAGACAAACACGUCCACAAGUUUCUCGAGUAUCUCGUGGUGGUGAUAAUACCUAUAGGUCUUCAAAAAGCGAUAAAUAUGAAUAUCGGCGUCGUGAUCACGGAGAAAAAAAAGAAGGAAUUACACCAGGGGAUUUUGCACCAAGUUUUAGAGGUGGAAUUGAACGAAUGCAGCCUGUUUCUGUAUAA